GUCUCAAAACGUCACGCGCAAUCAAUGCUCCAAAGUUCGAACUUCGAAGGCGCUUGCUCCGUGAACAUCCUCGGCUAGAUCUCCGCCCAAACCACUUACCCGAGAAGACUACCAUGACUACUACGAAAAAGAGCUCUUCCAAGAAGCCCACCGGCUCGGACGCGUUCCUCGACUCCCAAUCGUCAAAAAUAAGCAAAGAUGCUGCCAAAUCAAGUCGGCCAACGACGUCAAGCAGAGGGUCUAGAGCUAAGGACUCGAGUGAACCUGGGCUCAAGAACCUCCGUGGGAGUUCAACCCAUUUGGCCAUGGCAUCGUCCCGCGAGUCCUUAGGAGUAGCACGAGCGUCCUCGAGAAGCGAUGUGUCGAGCAAAACCAAGGCCCAAUCCCAACGUAAUCCGGAACCCCGGCCGAAUCGCGACGCGAAACCAGCCAUUAUUGCAAAACCGACGUCGAGCGGUGGAUCGGCAUCGCGUGGAGAUGUACCGGAGCCUGCGAAGGUGCAGCGGCGGAAGGAGUCGAAGAUGGAGGUUCCUGUGCGGGCGGAGGAUUCGGAGGAAGAUGAUGUCCCGGCUUACAAAGAGACUAUCCGCGAUAAACCACCCGUAGCCGCCGAACAAGUAGCAGACGAUGCAUACGACGCCUACGAGGAGGAGUUUGAGGACUAUGACGAAGACUUCGAGGAUUUCGAGGAUGUUCAGCAAGAGGAGGAGCAGCCGGAGCCUGAUGAUUCCGAGGAGGAGGAGAUUGAGCUUCUUCCUCGAAGGACGGACGUUGGAAGGGAUGAUGGGGAGAAUGAGGAUGAGGAAACCGACGAGGAAAGAGAAUCGCCUCAGCCUCGGGAAUACCCUCCGGUGCAAGUAGCUACGGCUGACGGACAUAUGAACGAGGUCCAGAAGGCACUGGAGGAGGAAAACGAGCGAGCCUCUUCGCGACAAGCGAAACGGGCCCAGGAGAUGAAGGAGCAGGAAACAAAGAAGGAACGGGUGUCUUCAGCGCUGCCACAGAGGACUAUUGUGGGUCUUGCAGCUGCAACGAAGAAAGCCCAGGAACAACGAAAGUUGACCGAUUCGGAAAAGCGGCAGAAUCAGCGCGCUAAGGACCUGAGCAAGCUCAUAACCUUGGACGUGUGUUCGUACGAACUGCUGAACUUACAACCGCUGAACGAAUACGAGCUUUAUAUCCGGAAUUAUGGAACGUCGAAUACCGUGCAGGCCAGCACACAAAGCAACGAAGACCAAGGCUCACAAGAAACCCAGACCGACCUUUGGGAAACCGACAGCAAGUGGGUGCAGGCACCACCGGACGAUUUCCAGGGAUCGGGCAGUGGGAACCCGCUCGAGCAGUUGCAAGUCAGCACGAAGAGUGUGAUUAGGGCGAGUCAGACGGCGAAGAUUGAUUCGUUGCGGUUGGCGUCGUUUUUGAAGAGGGCUGCUCAGGUCAUGGAUACGCUAUUGGAGGAAAAUGCCGCGAGCGGCGGGUUGCCCCACACUUUCACCUCUGCUACUAGCGUGAACAUCAGCCAAGGCUGUACCGCUUUGAAACCCCUGCCAUACCUACGAGGCCGCACAAUCAAAUCCAUCACCUACUCCCCUACCGACGCCCGCACCAUCCUCGUAGCCUACUCCCUCAGCACCACAGACCGCACCCCACUAGGCCAAGACGGCCUCCUCUGCGUCUGGCGCGUCAGCGACCUCACAAGCCCCUACCGCAUCCUCGUCUGCGAGAGCGAACCCACCACCUGCUGUUUCGCACCCUCCAAACCCGCCCUCGUCUUCGCGGGCACCAAUAGCGGCACCGUCUGCGCGUGGGAUUUGCAGGAAGCGGCGUCGACGCAUCGGAUGGUCGGGGUUGGGGAGGGUGAACAGCGGAAGGAGAUAUGUGUGCAGGCGCCGAGUUAUAGCACCGAUGGGAUAUAUACGUUGAAAGGAUAUCAUGAGGCGCCGAUUAGGACGUUGACGCCGUUGCCGAUGAGGCGGGAUACGGGUACGGGGGCCGGGGUGGGACGGUUUGCGAUUGAGCAGGGGUCGUUUCAGGUGGCUUCGUUGGAUGAGGGGGGGUUGAUACAUUUUUGGACCGUGCUGGAACUCCUCGAUGAGUCGUUUGCAGAAGCUGAGCCUGAUUAUGGCAUGAGGAUAGGCAGCAGGAUCAAGCUUAUCAAGGGGCCAUCGUUCAACGUCCAGUCUCGGGACAGAUCAAACCCCUCAAAAGAGAUCAGAGUAACAACCUCCCACUUCCUCAUCCCCGACGUCGACAAAUUCCUCGUCGGCACCGACACCGGCCUCAUCCUCCACCAAUCCCGGUUCCGCCACCGCUGCCACCCGCGCGCGUUCUCCCUCACUUCCCAGACACCCAUCGACGCAAUAACGUCCCUCUCCUGCUCUCCCCACAAUCCCAACCUCUUCCUUGCCGGCUAUACCUCCGGCACCAUCGCCCUCUUCAAACUCACGGACUCAUCCCCGCUCGUCACCUGGGACGCCUCCCCGGACCCCAUCGUGUCAGUGCAAUGGUCCCCACAACGCCCCGCAGUCUUCUUCGUCCUGGACGAAACAGGCAAACUGAGCGUAUGGGAUCUCAGCGAAAGCGAAGCUGACCCGGCCUUCGUGGUCCGGUCGGGGAGCGUAGGUGCAAGUACAAGUAGCCAACGAACGACGGGACCGAUCGUCACCUUCGCGCUGUGUCCCGCCUACACCGCUGUGAUAUCCGACGGGACGACGUCGGCAUCGCAGGUGAAAUUGGCCCAGCCGAGUAGGAAUGUUACGCUGAUGCUUGGGUAUGCGGAUAGCACGUGUGAGAUUCAUUUGUUGGAUGAGGGGUUGGUUGAGGCUGCUGUUGAUGAGGGGAGUGUGUUGGGGAGUUACGUGGAUGGCGGGGUUGGGGGGAAAGGGAGAGUAGGGGGUGGGGAGGAGGACGAGGAGGGUCAUGGGGGGUUUCGGAUGGAUACUGAAGAGUGA